AUCCAACUAAAAAAAAAGCCAAUAUCUUUGAUUUUCUCUAGGAGUGGAGUGGGUAUAGAUGAACUAUUCGGUCCCACGAGUAAAGGCAAUUCCAAUAACAAAACUUCCUACAACUUUCCUGAACUCUCCAACAUAAAACUAUCAUAGUGUUCCUCUUCAAUUGUUGUCUCACUAUUUUUUUUCUUUCUCAAACUGAGCACACUGAAAGUUUUUUCUAGCACCAAAUCGUUCAAGCCUACUCGCAUCCUCAAGUUCAACACUUGCUGCCAACAUAUUUCCAAUGUCUUCCAUUAGCUCUCAGAAGGCCUCCUUGUUGUCAUCAUUUUCAUCUUCAACACCACAGUGGAAAUAUGAUGUCUUUCUUAGUUUUAGAGGUGAGGACACCCGCACCAAUUUCACGGACCAUCUAUAUGUUGCUUUGAAACAAAAGGGCAUAGUCACCUUUCGAGAUGAGGAAAAUCUGGAGAGAGGAAAAUCUAUUUCACCAGAGCUCUUGAAAGCAAUAAAAGAAUCGAGAUUUGCAAUUGUCAUUCUCUCAAGAAACUUUGCGUCUUCAACAUGGUACUUGGAUGAACUUACAAAGAUCAUUGGAUACAUGAAAGAGAUGACCAAGACUGUUUUGCCAAUUUUUUAUGAUGUGGACCCAUCUAAUGUACGAAAACAAACAGGCACCUUUGCCCAAGCCUUUUUUGAACAUGAAGAACGUCUCAAGGAUGACAUAGAGAAAGUGCAUACAUGGAGAGCUGCUUUAAGAGAAGUGGCAAAUCUCAAAGGGUGGCACCUACUAGAUAGUUCAAUACUUGCCGCCAACAUAUUUCAAAUGUCUUCUAUUAGCUCUCAGAAGGCCUCCUCUUCGUCAUCAUUUUCAUCUUCAACACCACAAUGGAAAUAUGAUGUCUUUCUUAGUUUUAGAGGUGAGGACACCCGCACUAGUUUUACCGACCAUUUAUAUAUUGCUUUGAAACAAAAAGGCAUAGUCACCUUUCGAGACGAGGAAAAUCUUGAGAGAGGAAAACCUAUUUCACCAGAGCUCUUGAAAGCAAUAAAAGAAUCAAGAUUUGCAAUUGUCAUUCUCUCAAGAAAUUAUGCGUCUUCAACAUGGUGCUUGGAUGAACUUACAAAGAUUAUUGGAUGCAUGAAAGAGAUGACCACGAUUGUUUUGCCAAUUUUUUAUGAUGUGGACCCAUCUAAUGUACGAAAACAAACCGGCACCUUUGCCCAAGCCUUUUUUGAACAUGAAAAGCGUUUCAAGGACGACAUGGAGAAAGUACAAACAUGGAGAGCUGCUUUAAAAGAAGUGGCAAAUCUCAAAGGGUGGCACCUACAAGAUAGGUCUGAGGCACAACUUAUCCAAAAUAUUGUGGGAGAGUUAUGGCAUAAAUUAAGUUACGUAUUCUCAAAAGAUACUGAAAACCUUGUAGGAAUAGAAUCUCGAGUGAAGAAAUUGGAGUCAUGUUUGGCUAUAGGGUCUAAUGAUGUUCGCAUUAUAGGGGUUUGGGGAAUGGGGGGAAUAGGUAAAACAACUCUUGCUAGAGUUGUUUUUCGCAUGGUUUCGAACAAGUUUGAAGGUUGUUGCUUUCUUCCAAAUGUCAGGGAGGUUUGUGAAAAAGAUGGUUUAAUUCCAUUGCAACAACAACUUAUGAGAAAAAUAUUAAAUGAAAGUAUGAAUAUACAAGAUGUUGACGAGGGAGUUUUCGUGAUCAAGAAUAGAUUACAUCAUAAAAGAAUUCUUCUUGUUCUUGAUGAUGUAAAUCAGUUAGACCAGUUGAAAAAGUUAGUUGGGAAGCAUAAUUGGUUUGGUCUUGGUAGUAGAGUUAUCAUAACAACUAGGGAUAAGCAUUUACUACGUAUACCUAAAGUAGAUAAAAUAUGCGAAGUUGAAGGAUUGAGUGAUGAUGAAGCCCUUCAUCUUUUGAGUUUGAAAGCUUUUAAUAAAGAUCAUCCUCCCAAAGAUUAUCUAGAGCUAUCCAAAGAUGCCGUACAAUAUACUAAAGGCCUUCCUUUAGCUAUUGAGAUUUUGGGUUCCUUUUUGUUUAGUAGAAGCAUCAAUCAAUGGAAAAGUACAUUAAUUAGGAUAAAAGAAUUUCCUGAACGUGCAAUUUUCCAAGCACUUAAAAUAAGUUAUGAUGGACUACACGAAACGGAGAAAAAAUAUUCAUGUAUAUUGCAUUUUUCUUUAAUUGUGAGGAAAAAAAUAGUGUAGUAGAGAAACUAAAUUAUUUUGGCCUUUACCCUGAUGUUGGAUUAGAGGUUCUAGUUGAUAAAUCACUCAUUAAAAUAAAAGACUUUAAAGUGUGGAUGCAUGAUUUACUAGAAGACAUGGCUAGGAAAAUAAUUCAUGAAGAAUGCCCUGAAGACCCUGGAAAGCGUAGCAUUUUGUGGUCAUUUGAAGACAUUAACAGUGUACUAACAAAUAAUACGGGAACAGCAGCAAAUCAAGGCAUAGUCCUAAAGUUGCCUGAAUCAAAAGAGGCAUAUUGGAAUCCUGAUUCAUUUUCAAAGAUGCAUCAUCUUAAAUUGCUCAGAAUUAGUAAUGUUCAACUUCUCCACGAACCCAAACAUCUUCCUAUUAGCUUAAGAUUUCUUGACUGGAGUGGGUACCCUUCAAAAUCUUUGCCAUUAGAAUUCCAAUCAAAUGAGCUUGUUGAACUUUACAUGUGUGGUAGCUGCAUUGAACAACUUUGGAAAGGAGCAAAGUCAUUUGAGAAGUUGAAAAUCAUCCAAAUGAAUGGGUCUACAAACCUUAAAGAAACCCCUGAUUUGAUCAAAGUCCCAAAUCUUAAGGAAAUGGUUCUCGAAGAUUGUUUAAAUUUACGCAAGAUUCACCCUUUAACUUGGGUUCAUAAUAGACUUACUCGUCUAAAUCUAAAAGGCUGUGUAAAUGUCAAUGUCAAAACUCUUCCAAGCAAGUUCGAAAUGGAGUUUCUUGAGGAUCUUAUUCUUUCUGGUUGCACAAAACUAAAGAAGAUUCCAGAAUUUGGAGAAAACAUGCAACGUGUAUCGAAGCUUUAUUUGGGUGGAACUGCUAUUACUAAACUACCCACAUCAAUUGGGCAUUUGACCAGCCUUGUUUUAUUGGAUGUAAAAGAUUGCAAAAGUCUUACAUGUCUACCAAGCAUCAUUUUUAAUUUGAAGUUGCUUAAAGAUGUGAAUAUUUCGGGAUGCUCAAAACUUCAGAGAUUGCCUGAGAAUGUGGGUAACGCUGAAAGUGUAGAGGAGCUAGAUGUGAGUGGAACUGCUAUAAGAGAGGUGCCUUCUUCCAUUGGUCUUUUAAAAAAUCUUAAAGUGAUAUCUUUCAAUGGAUGUAAAGGGUUAUCAUCGUUUAACUCUACAUCUUGGUAUGAUCUCCUCCCUUUUUCUUCAAGGCCAAAAAUUGCAGAUCCCGUGGGAAU